AUGUCUAACCAUAUAGGACCUGUUAAAAACGAAUUAACGGAAGGGGUUGUUUGUGUGGAAGAAAUUCCAAUAAUUGCCUCGGACGCCCAGCCAUCAGCUGAUCCUGCCAUCGAGGAUGAAGACGAAGAUGACUAUAAUUACGGUGAAGAUGAGAGGUUGAUAGACACCGUUGACGAUGAAACUAAUAAAGGUUUCGUCUAUAAAGGUAUUGAGACUACUCAUACUUUUGAAGCUAUGGAUACGGCAAAUAAACUUAUUGGUGGGUCGAACAUCGGAACAACUUCGACGGGAAAACUAAAUUACAUAACAUUAGAAGACAGGAACGAUGAGGAUACCAAUGAGUUGAAAAAUUAUAAGAAUUUUAAUAAAGAUCAUAAAAUUUUCGCUUUCCAGUUUCCAUUGGGUGCUAACAACAAGGUUUCAAACCAAUCCGUCUCCAUGUUUAAACCGGUGAGUCCUUUAGACACUGCCAGUUCAUUAGAGAAAGAUGUGAAAAGAAUGGAGCUUAAGGAAAAAUUAAAGAGAUCAGAUUCUCUUGAUUCUUUGGAAGAGAUGCUUCUAUUUGAGAAUGAAAAAGGUAAUGAUAAUGCAAGAGGCCGGGCCAUUAAGCAAACAAUGGGAAUGGAAAAUUUGAGACAGCAAUUUAAACAGAUGACAAUGGAUGAAGCCGAGAUGACUAAGGACGGUUAUAGUUAUAAACGUCUUGAAACCAUAUGGGAUGAGUUGGAUGGCGAUAUUGUCAUUCUUGGUGGUUAUCGUGGUUCUAUAUUGAGAGAUACACAUACAGGAAGAAGGAUAUGGGUGCCAAUUAAAGCAGGUCUAAAUUUAAGAAAAAUUGAUCUCUUGAUAGGUCCUAACCAAGAAGACGAAAUUGCAACUCAAAAAGAUAUUAUUCCGGAUGGUAUGCUAACGCAUGUUGGGCCAAUUGAUGUUGCAAAGAAAUUAAUCAGAAAAUUAGAUUCAAAUCAAAGGGUUAAUAUCCAGGAAUUUGGUUACGAUUGGAGAUUAUCUCUUGAAGUGUCAUCCGGUCAAUUGAAGGAUAGAUUAACCAAGAUUUAUAAUAGGCAGAAAAGUGAAACAAAGUUGAAGGGUAGACCGAAGGGAACCUAUGUCAUUGCACAUUCAAUGGGUGGUCUUGUUGCACAUAAAGUUCUACAGGAUGCACCAUAUCUGAUUAGGGGUCUAAUAUAUGUUGGUUCACCAAGUCAAUGUUCCAAUAUUUUGGGUCCUAUCAGAUUUGGUGAUGAUGUCAUGUGGAAUAAAACGAUAUUGAGUAAAGAAGCAAAUUUCUUCAUGAGAAGUAGUUUAUACUUCCUGCCGUUAGAUGGAAGAUGUUUUGUUGAUAGCAAGACCUAUGAAAGAUACGACUUGGAUUUUUUCGAUCCAGAAGUCUGGAAAAUGUUAGGCUUAUCGCCAUUAGUUAGUGAAAAGAGAAAGAAAUUCCUCGAAAGUGAGAAAGAAGAAAGCAAGUCUACAACAGCAACCUCGAGUACCUUUACGUUGACGUCAGUCCCAGUGACAGCUGCAACUUCAGUGGCGCAGACUUUAAAUGCAACGACAAAAUUUGUAUUUAACAACGUUCCGCUGGUUAACAAAGUAACGAAAGAUGCAAAUGCAGGAGUGAAAUAUAAUGAAACUAUUAAGCCUCCAAGUGAGUACGAAUUUAAAACGACGUAUGAAGAUUCUGUUGCUUAUCUGGAAAGAGAAUUGAAAAGAACUAAAAAAUAUCUAGAAAGUCUAGAGUACGACGCUACUAAAAUAUAUCCGCCACUUGCUAUAGUGUAUGGUAACAAAGUGCCCACAGUACGUGGCUGUAAAGUGGAUGGACUGAAAGAUAUUAGAGACGGUCAUUAUGACGAUUUUUACUAUGGACCAGGUGAUGGUGUGGUUCAUUAUAAAUGGUUAUUACCUGAAAGAAGAGGGUUUCCAGUUGUGUGUAAGAUUGCCAGUGACACAGGACAUGUUUCCUUGAUGACUGAUUUCAAAGCCAUUGCUAAGGCGUUCAUUUCAAUUGUUGACGCUGAGAAUGAAAGAGACAGACUUGCAAAAGAGCAUUUUAUGGGUUAA